CGCCCUUAUCGCGAGAAAAAGAUGAUGGAAGGAGAAACUAUCUUCGUUCAAACGGACCCAGCGUUUAAUGUAGUCCUUCUCGCUCUCCAGGAGUUAAGACACAAUAAUCGAUUUGAAGUGACACACUGUCAAAGAGCCUCUAUUGAAGAUAUAGAAAGUAACGAUGAACAAGAAGUUCACAAGUUGAGGUUUGGUGGUCAAAAUGCACCCAACAUGGCCAGCGAGAGUUUUGGUCGAACGGCAUCAGCAGUUUUACGUAUGUGCAUGCUGAAAGCGGCAGGUAUUAAUGAAGCUUGGUGGCCGCAAAUCGGGCCCAGAGCGAAUACUAGGAACCAGGCCAAGCUGCAACUUGAGGUGUUGAUACAACCGCUUUUCAGUCUCGCAAAUGACCGGUCUACAGCGAGACACUACUGGUGGAAAUAUGAUCAACUCUACCCACAUUUUCGAAUACAAGAUACAUUGGAAAACUUAAACAUCAAUGAUGAAGGUAGUAUGCCAAGUAUGAUGCUUAUUUUCCGCAACAACUGCACGGAGGUGAUUGAGAUAAACACCACAUUUACUGCUCGGCCGAGGGAACAGCAUCAGUUCAAUAGCACAGUCAGUGUCACCUGCAUUGUGCGAGAAAUUUUAGAAGGUAAAGACCGACCACACACUGCCCGCUUGAAGGAGUUGAUCCAGCCCUUCAACAUUCCAGAUGAAUAUUUCAAAGAAGUAAUGAACUUAAAGGACGAGAACGAUGCACGCCACUAUCUUCAAGGUAAUAAAGAUGAUGAAAAUAGCGAAGAAGUCAAAGAGGAAGACAGCGAGGAAGACAGUAAGGACGACAGUAAGGAAAGCGCAAACUAGAACUUAUUCAACAUACAAUAGGCAGCAAAAGAUAAACUGAUAAUGAAAACAUUAUUAUAGUUCUUAGGAUUGAUUGCUAUAGGUGGAGGUAUGUUUA